UGUGCCCGCAGCACAAAUCAAACGCGUCGUGGACUCUUAAAAGCGCUUUUGGGCAAACAAGGCACCAGCCCUCCGUUGGACUGCACGGGAAGAAGAAGCGAGCCCCAGCGACAGCAAAGAGAGAGGGAGAAAGAUGGACGAACAAGCUAUGUUGGAGACGAGCAAGGCGGAGCGAGCCGUAUGGCUGAUGAAGACCCCGCAGGUGGUCGCUCAGACCUGGCAGAACAACGCCGACGCUGGACACCCUGUUGCCAAGGUCGUCCUCUCCGUCGAUCCCCUCCAGACCGAUCCGUCCUGCUCCGUCCAGUUUGAUAUGGAACUGACAACUACAGAUAAUGCAAAUAAGCCAAAGAGCUACUCCUUGAACAUGUUUAAAGACUUUGUUCCUAUGUGUGUCUUUGCUGAGACAAGUCAAGGACGGGUUUCAGUGGAAGGGAAGGUGGAACACAAAUUUGAUAUGAAGCCAAAUAAUGAAAAUAUUGAGGAAUAUCGAAGAUUGUGCAGGGAAAGGACAAACAAAUCCAAGAUAAAAGUUAGACAAGUUCAGGUGAUCGAUAAUGAUCGUGGAGUACAUAUGAGGCCCAUGCCUGGAAUGGUUGGCUUGCUUGGCUCGAAUUCAAAGGAUAAGAAGAAAACUGCUCCAGUGAAGGGUCAGGACAUGAAAAGAACACGUAGGGAUCGUGGUGAACUGGAAGAUAUCAUGUUCAAGCUUUUUGAAAGACAGCCAAAUUGGACUUUAAAGCAGCUUGUGCAAGAGACAGACCAGCCUGCGCAAUUCUUGAAGGAGAUCCUCAAUGAACUGUGCGUUUAUAACAAGCGAGGAACAAACCAGGGAACUUAUGAGCUUAAGCCAGAAUAUAAAAAAUCUGCUGAGGAGGUUGAUGCUGAUUAGAUUCCCUUGCAGAUGAAAGAUGAGAAGUGAGGCUAGUAGGAUGCCUUCUGCAUUGAGCAUGAAGGCGGAAUCUUUGCUUUGCCUUCUGCUGAGUGUACUUGAGAAUGUAGAAUGUAAACGAUGUCAGGAAAAUUAAAGGUUGUUCGCGUCUGUUGGUAUGAAAAUCUUGAUAUGUUUUGCUAAUGCAAAGACUGUACUGGUUAUGUUGGUCGGAAAUAGAUAAAAAAUUGUUGCUGUUUCAAGGCAUUUCAA